AUGCUUAUAAUUUCACUAUUAUACUUGAUUGAUUUGUCGUACGUAAUAAAGGCUAGCAAGAAUAUUAAAGUAUCAAAUGAUAGAAAUGUAGAAGUGAAACUUUCUCAUAAUGUUGAAGAGAAAGAAAGAUAUCUUCUUUAUGAGUAUAAUUUUUGGUCUAUGACACGAAUUUAUGAAGAAAGAACAAAAUUGGAUGAAAGUAUUAUUGAAAUAAUAAACGCAACUUAUACUUUUCAUAUCCUACAUUAUGACCCUGCUGGUAAAAUUCUUGGUCGAUAUCAGUUCCUAAAAUGCAUUAGUGGCUCAUGUCAUUAUGAUAUGCCAGAUGUUUAUGUUAAUUUUAUCCAAGGUGGAAAUAAUUUGGAAGGAUUAUAUGUAACAACAAUAUUAGAUGAAAAAAAUUGGAAAGUAAACUGGAAUGUCCUCUUUGCAAUCAUUUAUGCAACGAUGACACCAGCUAAAAUUGGUGAUGGAGAUGAGCAGGAUGUUGUAAAUUAUUAA